AUGGAGAGUGUGGAGGUGACAUGGAGCAGAGAAGAAGAGAAAGCAUUCAAGAACGCAAUUGCGAUGCAUUGCAUAGAGGAAGAGAUAACAGAGGAUCAAUGGAGGAAAAUGGCGUUGUUUCUUUUGGGUUUGGACAAGUUUGGGAAAGGAGAUUGGAGAAGUAUCUCAAGGAACUUUGUGAUCUCAAGAACACCGACUCAAGUAGCAAGCCAUGCUCAGAAAUACUUCAUCAGGCUUAACUCAAUGAACCGAGACAGAAGACGUUCCGGCAUUCACGACAUCACUACUGUGAACAAUCAAGCUCCUGUGGUUACAGGAGGAGGAGGACAACAACAACAACAACAACAAGUGGUUAAACAUAGACCAGCUCUUCAACAGCCACAGACGCAGCCGCAGCCGCAACCGCAUCAUCCGGGUUCAACAAUGGCUGGACUAGGGAUGUAUGGUGGUGCACCAGUUGGACAGCCGAUCAUCGCACCGCCUGAUCAUAUGGGUUCAGCUGUUGGAGCACCUGUGAUGCUUCCAUCUCCAAUGGGAGGUCAUCAUCACCAUCACCAUCUUCAUCAUCAUCAUCUUGGUGUUGCUCCUUAUCCUGUACUGGCUUAUCCGGUUCCACCAAUACCGCAGCAUCAUCCAGCUCCUUCGACUAUGCAUUGAAAAACACAGUUGGUGUAAAACUGAUCGUAUAUUCUCAAAUCGAGUAGCGGGAAAGAAAACAAAAAAACUGAGAGACUGAGACGAGCAGCAAAUAAUGUACAGCAGAUGAAUCUGUUUUUUUUUCCUAUUUCAAGAAUCUAUGAUUUUGAAUUUUUCAGUGAAUUCUUGGAAACAAAAAGUCUAUAUAUAUAUAUAUAUAUAUUCAGAAGGGUAGAGAGAAGUAUUUUUUUUUCCCUAGAACUCUGACAUGUUGCAAGAAGCUUUCUUGUAACUCCAAUAUGUAAGAGCAUCUCCAUCAAUGACUCUUAAGGGUUUUUUAACAAAAUUUCUUAAAUUAAAAAAUUAAAAACAAAUCAU